CUAGCAUUCUAGCUUUUUAUAUCCUUCCUCCAAUCGCGCUCUUCUAUUAUUCUUUCUCAAAAUUAAAAAAAAAAAAACAAAAAAACAAAAAUAAAAAUCAGUUAAUCGGCAGGUAGGAACUAUCUAUCAUCCCGAUCCGUUAUCUCAGGCGCCAAUUUUUCUCUUUUUUUUUUCCGGGCAUUGGUUUCUGGUGUUGUUGCUAUCAAAUUCUCAGUUGCACAACUAUGGUUAUAGACGGUGUAAUAAAUUCACCCCACAGAAGGCCACAAACAGCAUUUUCUUCGCCUUCAUUUAGAAAGCUCUCAAAAAGCGACGAGUUGGGCAACUUUUCAACAGUUGUUAGGCGUCAUCAAUUUCUACUUACAGCCCUUGCACUCCUUGCUUUCUUAUGCACCGUUUAUCUUUACUUUGCCGUAACCCUAGGGGAAGAUGACUCAUGUUCUGGCUUGACUGGAACUCAAAAGGCACUGUGUCAUGCACAACAUGUAAAACAAACAGUUUCCAAAGGAAAGCUGAAAAUUCUAUAGUGGUCCACAUGUUUAUUUAGGGUUCUUUACAGGACUCACCUAAAAUACAAAGAAAUUAUUGACCCGAAAUAGGGAUUGCAGUAUAAAUUGUGUCAUUAGUAAAACUAGCAUUGCCUUGUAAUUUUCUUUCUUUGUGUUUAUUUUUUCCAACCUUGUAUGAAUGUUGUGAUACUAUUGAGAGUAUAGUUUUGGUUAAUAUAUACUAAUUCUUUAUUACA